CGUGACAACAGACGCUGAGGCUCGCGACGCUGUCCAGGUGUUCGCUGUGUGUGUGUGUGUGUGGAGAAGUCUAGUCACUAGUUUAUCUGCGUUCAGUGGCCUAACGUUAACACGCGCUGUCUCCGCCUGAAAUGCCGCCCUUUCGUCCUCCGGUGUCGCUUCCUCUUCCUCCUCCAUCAUCAUCAUCAUCGUGGUCGUCUAGCAGAGACUGAGGCGGGAGCAGCGUCAACAUGAGCAGCGUCAACAUGAGCAGCGACACGGGGAUCACUGUUUGAGCCGUGUGUGGAUACCUCGAGCGCGGGGGGGAACAGCUAGCUGCGAGGCUAACAGCUCCAGACACCCGCCAGAGGCUGCGGAUCUGUGGGCUUUGCGGAGCACCAUGGCCGGGCUCAUCAAGAAGCAGAUCCUGAAGCAUCUGUCCAGGUUUGCCAAGAACCUGUCGCCAGACAAGAUCAACCUCAGCACGCUGAAGGGGGAGGGCCAGCUCACCAACCUGGAGCUGGAUGAGGAGGUUCUUCAGAACCUGCUGGACCUGCCCACAUGGCUGGCCAUCAACCGUGUGGAAUGCAACAAGGCCGCCAUCCGGAUACCAUGGACAAAGUUGAAGACUCACCCGAUCUCACUGACCCUGGAUAAAGUAGUGAUGGAGAUGAGCACCUGUGAUGAGCCCCGCCCCCCCAAUGGUCCGUCUCCCAUAGCAACAGCAUCAGGACAAAGUGAAUACGGCUUUGCUGAAAAAGUGGUGGAGGGGAUUUCGCUGUCGAUCAACUCCAUAGUGAUCAGGAUCAGUGCCAAGGCCUUCAACGCCUCCUUUGAGCUCUCCCAGCUGCAGGUCUACAGCGUCAACACCAGCUGGAGCAUCAGCGACCUGCGCUUCACCCGCAUCCAGGACCCUCAGAGGGGAGAGAUGCUGACGUUUAAGGAGAUCAGUUGGCAGAUGAUCCGCAUCGAGGCCGACGCCAUCCAGAGCGCCGAGCACGACAUGCUGAGCGCUCCCAUCCGCCUCAUCACCAACCAGUCCAGGAUACGAGUCACGCUCAAGAGACGGAUAAAAGACUGUAACGUGGUGGCCUCCAAGCUGAUUCUGAUCCUGGACGACCUGCUGUGGGUGCUGACUGACUCCCAGCUCAAAGCCAUGGUGCAGUAUGCCAAGUCCCUCAGCGAGUCCAUGGAGAAGUCUGCUCAGCAGAGGAAGAGCAUGGCCACAGAGGACCAGGUGUCACCGGCGCCACCUUCAGCCCAGCAGGUGCGAACGCAGCAGGCGUCCGCCGCCUCUGACCAGAGCGCGACGAUGGCCAAGCUUUUCAGCGCCUACGACGUCUGUGAAACGUCUCAUCAUCUGCAGAUCAGGAAUCUGGACCUGCACAUCUGUGACGAUAUCCACGCAAAGGACAAAGUGGUCAACAAAAGGAUAACGGGAGGAGCCAUGCAGCUCUCCUUCAGCUCCAUCACUCUGGACUAUUACCCUUUCCACAGAGCAGGUGAAAGCUGCGUGCACUGGAUGCACUACAGUGAAGCCACCAAAACCAGAGAGGGCUGGGCACGGAACCUUCUCCAUGAGUUCAAGUCCAAAGUGGACAUGUUAAAGACGGCAGCUCGAGAUCAGCCGGGGGCUGCUCAUGGUUCCCCGCAGCACGGUAAAAUUAACACCUCGUCCACCAGUUCCUUCACUCCUCCACCUGCUCCUCAAACACUCAAGACCCAGCUCAUGUCCAGCUCCUUUGUUCUCAGGAUUGCUGACUUCAGCAUCUACCAGGUGUCGACAGCAGACCAGCCUCGCUCCAGCCCCAAAACUAUGAUUUCCUGUAACAAGAAGUCCUUGUACCUUCCUCCAGAGAUGCCAGCCGUCCACGUGGAGUUCACAGAGUAUUACUACCCUGAUGGAAAAGACUCUCCCAUCCCGUGUCCUAACCUGUACGCCCAGCUCAACGCCCUGCAGCUCGUCCUGGACCCUCGCAGCCUGGUGUGGCUCAACCUGUUUGCCCUGGACCUGCGGCAGAGUCUGGAGCAGUUCAUGGAGCUUUACAAGCUCAACGACUCACAGAAACCCGACGAGCACGUCGACAUCAAGGUCGACGGCCUCAUGCUCAAGCUGGUGAUCCCCACAGACCCUGACGCCUCGUGUCCUCCCGACCUGCCGCGCUCCGUCUCAGUGCAGACUUCAGAAAUGGUGGCCACGAACACGCGUCACCCUGCCAACUGCACGCGUGCACACCUGGAGGCGCUGCUGCAGGCGUUUGAAGAGGAGCCCUUCUUCUCUUCCUUUUUCGCCUCUUUCCCUCGCUCCUCUUCGUCCGUCACCCUCCUCCACCCCGUCUUUCACCGCCACGCUCACGAACAGGACGCCAAGCUCCAUGACGUUUACCGGGGCCUCGCGGUGCCGACGAUGGGCGCGGACGCCCUGAAGAUGCCGGCUGCGACUGACCUUUGGGCGCUGCACUUUGCCCAGUUCUGGGUGGACUACGAAGGCACCCGUGGAGGCAAAGGGCGGCCUCAGCCUUUUGUGGACUCCUUCCCUCUCACCGUGUGGGCCUGUCAGCCAUCCAAGCUCAUCCAGCACCAGGAGAAGCUGGGAGGUGCUGCUGGAUCAGGUCUGUGCAGGAGUACAUCAGCAGAGGCUGUCGCUCGCCAGCAGAGGAAACGCUUACUGAAGGAGUUUUACAGUUCUGAUGAUGCAACGGCAACAUCUCACAGCACUGAUGAUGCAACACCACCUACUAAUGGACUCCAUGCACCGCUCACACGGGACACUCUGCCUCCUCCUUCCUCCUCCUCCUCCUCCUCCUCUUUGUCAUCAAAUAAAGAUGCAGAUGUGCAUGUGUUGGUGCACGUGCAGAAGCAUUUAAGUGCUCAGGUGAGCCACAGGCAGUAUGUGUUCCUGAUGCAGCUUCAGCGCAGCAUCAAAGCUCUGCAGCAGACUCUACAGCAGGACUUGGAAGAGAUGGGUUCCAAAAGAGAACGAAAAGCUCCUCCUUCCCAGUGUCCCUCAGACCACCAGCCGUUCACCGUGUGCCUGGGCCUCCUGCUGAAGAGCGCGGAGGUGGCCCUGCUCCUGAAGCCUGUCCCCCAGCCUGAAGGAUCCAGCUCUCCUCCUGUCUCCGAGCUCUCGCCUUCAGAGAGCAGGGGAACUUUGGCGCCUGGAAGUGAUUCUGGAGAGCGAGCGGAGAAAAAGGAGAAGGGAAAUGAAGGCUGUGGCUCUGAUGGAGCGGCAGCCAAAGGUUCAUGCACUGUAGAUCAGCUGUUGUGUGGCGAUGGCCCAGAGGGCGGAGCCACACAGGGUCCUGCCCCCCUCGUCCCCACCUCCACCUCUGCUAUGCAUCCUGACUCCAAUCACAGAACCUCGCUGGAGGAACGGACUUCAGCUAAGACGCCAGGGAGGUGGAGCUCCAAUGAAGGGGGUGUGGCCAUGGUGGAUGGGUUGUCCGUGGCGGACGGGAUCGGUGCUGGACUGGACUCUAAAACACAGACGAGUGACCCUCUGUCUGAGCCACUGAGCAGAGAAUGGAGCGACAAAGACAAGGCUGCAGCUGGGAAGAUGCCUCAGUCGGUAUCCAGUGGUCGACUGAUGCGUGACCGCUCCCAGUCCAGUUUCUCUGUGUCUUAUAAGAACAUGAAGAAGAGUCCGUCCCUGCAGUCGCUCGACAACAUCUCCAUCGACAGUUAUCUGAUGGAAGAUGGAGACGCCUACAGCCUGCUGGAGAGAGAUGACAUGUCCAUCUCGGGCUUCAAGGACACCGUCAGUGAACCCAUCGCCACAGAGGGUCAGGAGCAGGAGGGGGGCGUGUCCCCGGACACCGUCAGCGCAGCCUCGCAGAGCAUCGACGAGCCCACCAAAGAUAUGGUGUCGGUGCUGGUGUUAAAGGUGCAGUCCGUGUGUGUGAGCAUGGAGGCGGUGGGUGAGAGCGCCGCCGUGGCUCUGGAGGUCGGUCACGUCACACCCAGUCAGCUGGGCAACGUCAGCCUCAGACAGUACCUCAGCAACCGCAGCCUUGGUGUGCUGUGUUCAGUACCUGCUCAAAGCAGCCAAGCCGGUGCAGAGCUCGGCUCCGCCUCCCUCGGUGAUUCCCACAGUCCGGAGGUCCAGGCGCGUCUGGAGAGCGGGCCGCGGGCCGCCGCCCACUCCCCGCUGGCUGAACGUAACGGUUUCCUGCAGCUGCAUCUCCGCGGGUACGAGGCCAGCUUCCUGAUGUCCACGCUGCGUAACCUGGCUCACUUCAUGGAGGACGACUCUGCGCCGCAGGUGCUGCCCAUGGAGAUCAGCAUCAGGGACACACACAUUCACUUACAGGAUGACGAUCAAGUCAAUCCACCAGACUCUGAGUCGUCUCCCAUCACGUUACACGUGGACAGUCUCGUCAUCCACAGAAGAGACAACGGCUCUUUCUCUGUAGGAGUGGACGCAGAGGUCAAACCCAGACAACAGGGAGGGUUGAACUCUUUGACUCCCGUCCCUGAGGCUGUGGGCGUCGUCUGCAUCACAUCAAAGGCUACACAGACUCAAGCUCCGCCCACCAGCCCUCGUCCAUCUGCCAGAGAAAAGAUGCUGAUGGAGGAGAACGAGUGUCUGAAGGUGGAGUUGUCUCGAGCUAAGAUGGCGCUGGCUGAGGCUCAGAUGGAGAAGGACUCGCUCAUUCACCGCAUGAAGAACCUCAAAGUCAACAGCACUUAAACUCUGCAGCCAUGACGACUGACACCGGGGGGCGCCGGCGAGCGAGCCAGCGAGCGAGCGAGGCUUUAUCAAAGUGAUUCAACAAGUCAAGAAAAGGGAUUUGUUCCCACUUAACGACUUUAGACUUUAACGAGUCUGAGAGAAGACUCUCAGACACCUGUGUUUACUUGUUUGUUUGUUUGUUUGUUUGUUUGUUUGUUUGUUUCCACUGUGGACGGUGGAGGAUUCACAUGUUUGGAGUGAGAGGACAGGACGAGUGCGGUGACGAUGACAAAGAGCUCAUUUCCUGUGUGCUGGGCUGACUCACACCAACCAAUCACAGACCAGGAGGAGCAAACAGGAAGCAGAAGAGGAAUCACUGCAGCAUCUGUGUUACCAUAGAAACCAUACCAUAGAGGUUCAUCUGGAGACAUGAACUAAAUGAAGCCUGAUUUCACCGACGCUCCCCCUCUGACCCUGACCACGGCUUUUUCACCAUCAUAUCUCAGAGUUCGAAUCCAGGAUUUAGCCACGCCCCCAGUGUGACCACGUCCUGCCAUGUCCUUCUCGAGGUGACAAAUCAACGGCGACGCCCAUGAUACUCUGCACCUUCAUAUAAUAGAAUACAUAUUUGACCACAGUAAUAACAGACAGUACCAUGUUCUAACUGUAGGGGGCGCCCAUGAGUGCAAGUCCCACAUCAUGUGACUAAAAGUCGAAAAAACAAGUCAGUUAUGACUCCUGCUGGUGUUUUACUCCCUGUCACUGCUCCUCUUCCUCCUCCUCCUCCUCUUCUAAUAAUAAUAAUAUUAAUAAUAAUCGUGCUGCCCUCUACAGUUUCAGAUGCUCGGGGUUCGAUCGUCUGACUCUGAACGUCGUGUGAACUCAGAAAGAGGAAGAAUAAGAAUAAGAAUAAACCCUAACCCCGCCCACAUUUCUGCUGUCAAAGUGAAUUUAAAUCAACAAGAACAAAAACACCAGAGCAGCUAAUAAUUGUAGACGAGCUUAAUGUAGAAGAACUCUGAAUGUCGAAUCUUUGCAGGAAUGUUUUUGCACAAACGGAAACUUUCAUAUUCACGCGAGUGUUUGUUGUACACGAGUUUUCUACACAACUUUGAAUGGAUAUGCAGUGUUUCUGUGUGAGUGUGUGCGUGUGCGUGUGUGUGUGUGUGCACGUGUGCGCGUGUGUGUGGGUCAGCCAGAACAAGCAUUUCAUUACAACUCGAGGAUGGACUUCCUGUCUCUGUCCCUCCUAUUUUUCUACGUGUAAAUACGUGCAGCACUUUUGAAAUCCGAGGCACUGUAAAAGCAACAAAAACAACUACACACACGCUCACACACACACGCACACACUCACACACACACACACUGAAGCUGACUGUGUCUUUGUCUGUUUUUCUUUUCAUGGACAAGAGUUGACCACAUUUGCUGCUGCUGUUCAUGCUUUUUGAUGACGUCAGGAGGGAAAACUCUCCAGUCAUUUUUAUUAUAAUAAUAAUAAUAAUAAUAAUAAUAACAAUUAUAAUAAUAGGUAAUUAAACUUAACAGCAAAUAAAAAAGGACUAUAGGUUUUAAAGUCUCAGCACAUUGAGUGUGUGUGUACUCGUGCGGCCGUCAUAACUCGAGGUUUCUCUGCAAAAUCAUUUUCCUCACAGCGCCCCCUUCUGGUGAACUCAACCCUCUGAGAGCCUGUGGUGAAAGAAAAAGAUAUAAAAGAGUAAUAAGUUGUAUUUUGUCUGUCAAAGCUGCUGAAAAACUGUUGGGGAAAAUAAAAAGAAUCCAAUUUAAAA